UGUGGGUCUCGUCAGGUCGCCCGGCGGGAGCAGCUCUGCCAAUGCUGGCCGAUCCUACAGCCACCACGGGCCCUAUGAGUCCACCAGGGUGGCUGUUUCCAGGGCUGUGUGCCGUGCGUAAAUACCCAGAGAGCCUUUCCUCGAGGUCACGGUGGAGACCUCUUGCCUGCUUCCCCAGGGCUGUCUCAUUACCUCUGAGGGAUAAGAUGCAUCAGCUACAUCAUCACCCUUGCACAUGCACCCCGCAAGUAUGAAAGAUGAAGCACCUGUGGGCGACAGGACCUGGCAGAUCAGUCCCGUCGUCGUCCUUUCCCCGCCAGACGGGACUGGGUUCUGGGAGCUGCACAUCGUCUCCCUGAAGACAGAGAAUUGGCCAGUGACGCAGUGACCUCCUUGAUAUCUGUUGUCCGGCCUUCCCGCCGUGUACCCUCUUCUCUGAGAUUGUAAUCCCCAGGAAAAAUGUCAGCACAGAAGCCUUUGCCUCAGGCUCUACUUUCUAGGGCAACUGCGCUAAGAAUAGACAACAAUAAUCAUACAAUUUUAACUAUGCAGCCUUGUUCAGAAAAAGGCCGGACAACUUUAUAGUGUCCAAAAUAAAUGAGAAGUCAAAGCCAGAGUAGUCACGGCAGCUGAUGCUGGGUCAGCCCUCAGGGAGCGAGGGACAGAAGACAGACGUGGUGACAGGUUCAUGCGUAAUCAGAGAAGAGACGGAGCCAUGGGCCUGCAUUCGCCAGGGCAAUGACCUCCCAUUUCAGGGGGGAGCCCGAAGGGCCACCUCAUCCAUGAACCAGAACUAGAGAAGUUUUACCCGCUGCUCCCAGAAAUGAGCAAGGAAGUUUUCCACCUUCCUGGAGAUCAAAAUGAAAAGGCUCACGGAAGAAAUAGAAACUCUGGGCAUACGACAUGUGACCGUGUGGAGUGUAAACGUCUACUCGUUCUUGGUGCGUGGGUCUCAGGCUAAGAAAUUAUAAUAAAAGUUGUGUCAUGUGAUUGGAAUCCUUGGUGCCUAGGAAGGAAAAAAAUGUACGCAUUCCUUUAAGGACAUUUCUCCAAACUAGAAGAUGAGCUUACAGUGAGAGUCGUUCAAGUAAGAAACAACAGGACUUGUGUCCCCAAGAACUAGAGGUAAGUGAUAAUAAGAUCAAAAGCAACACAAAUAAAGAACAAACAAAAAUUUUAAAGAAGUCAUUUAGAAACAUGAGAAGUGAAAAAUAUCACAGAAAUUAGAAACUCGAGGGGAGGGCUAGGAACAGAUGAGAGAGUGGAAGCAAAUCGGUGAGCUAGAACACAGAGAUGGGAGUGUUACCCAGAAAACAGCACAGAAAGGUCAGAGAUUGUUUAAAUCACGGGCCAUCAAAAGAAAGGAAAAAUAGAAAGAGAUGAUCCGAUGUAGGCGCCGAGGGGAGAAUAAGAGGCAAUGCUCAGAGACAAUGAUGAACUUUCCAGGACUUUCCAGAACAUGAGUUUGCGCGGGCCGCCAGAACAAAGCGCCAGGGGUUGUGGGGCUCAAUCAGCAGGGCUGGCUCCUCCCGAGGCCUCUCUCCUGGGCGUGUGGACACUGUCUCUCCCUGUGUCCUCACGUGUGUGUGUGUCCUCUCUCCUCCUUUCAGAGGACACCCGUCCUACUGGGUCAGGCCACGCCAUGGCCUCGUUUUACCUUAAUCACCUCUGUAUUAAAGACGCUGUCUCCCCAUUACUGCCACCUCCCGAGGUGCUGGGGGUCAGAGCUUCAGCAUCAGGAUUUGGGGACAUGAUCCAGCCCAUGACAGAAACAACCGAAGAUGAAAAGCAUGGAAGCUGCAAACUGAGGCUCGAGCAAAACCGAAACACAGGAUCCUCACACAGAAGAGGAGCCUCGAAGGAGACGGGAGAGAGGACGUGCCCGUGUCCGGGGCAGCACCAGAGACCACCGACGCCCGUGAGCAGAGGACGUCGCCGUCACUGUCCAGGAGGAGACCCGCUGCUGAAUACCUGGCGACCCAACACCAAGAGGGCAGGUGACUGGCCUUGGGGUGGCACUAGGCCACUGACACACCCAGGGCUGGAGACACGCAGGAUUUCUGUGCUGCAGGGGGUGGGAAGCAGGGCCCUCGCCCUGGGCCAUGGCACAUCGUGGGCUGUUCCUGCCGCUCCCAGGCAAGGACCCCAGAGAGCUGCACCCUGCAGGCUCGGCCCAGAGAGGAGCCUCUUUCAUUUUGCAUAAAAAAGCCCCGCUCCCUGUGUCUCUCUGGGCACAGCGGGAUUUGUGGUGGCAGGCCCAUGGCAGCCUCGAGCCUCCCAACGCCCUUUCUGUCCCAUCCCCAGCACUGUCCCACCCUGGGGUGGAUGACCCGGACCUCCCAGCCAAGCCCCGUUCACCACACUUUGAAAAAGAGCCACCCCUUUGCCUGCCGUAAGCCUGGAACACACGCUGUUGACUGGGUCUGCCCUGGGGAGGCCCACCAGGCCUUGGUGGCUCUCCUAGGAAGGCUGGCAGGAAAUCCCAGGGCCUAGAGACCCGGGGUGUGGUCUACAAGGGCAGCGUGUGGGAUCUGGGUGGAAACAACGCUUUGGCCAUGAGGCUUCUUGUUCUACAGGGAGAGGCAGAGUGGGGCUCAAGAGCUUGGAGGGGAUCCCUUCAAUCUGGGACAGCUGGAGUUCAGGCUACCUGUGCCCCACAGUGUGGUUACAGAUGAUUGUUCAUUUUAACAAAUCAACCCUCACAAAGUGGAUAUGUGCUUUAAAAGUUGUGCACCCGAGUGCACCUGAGUGCACACAUGCAUCAUGAAGCCACACACAGCACAAAAGCACAUGUGCCCACGUGUCUACAUAUUUCAUGUGCACCUGCACACACACGAACGCACACACCUGCAUAGAUGCACACACACAUGCAC